AUGGUCUACUACGUUCGAUACCUCAAGCCUCCCAAAUGGGAGAAGAAGAAGAAAGGCAGCGGGUACGAAUACUAUAUAAUCGCCUUGAUCACCAUCACCAAUGACCUGGGCAACGACUUUCUCGCCGAGGAUGCGGAGCUAUGCUUCACAUGGGUGCGCCAUCCCCAGCUUCAAAUUAAAGCCCAGCAGCUGGAUGACUGGGAGGCUGGUUCGCGCCAAUUGCCCGUCAUCAUGGGUCCAUUCACGGCCAACAUGGUCGGUGAUGGCGAGGCCUGUUUCAAGGCCCAGGUUCUCGAGAUUGGGGAAGAUCGACUCAAGACCGAUAAAGCUCCUUUGGUAGUUGCGGGAUUCAGUGCGCCAUUUUCUAAGUCUAAGGCUGCGCCGAAGUUGGUUGAGCGCCAGUUCUAUGUUGGUGAUGAGCGGAGUACUCGAUUUAAGAUCUGGGAAGAGACGGGUAAUAGCAUUGCGCGACACCUUUGGGAUGCGGCCCUCGCGUCGAUCAUGUUCCUCAACGAUGUGACCAAGGGUGUUGACGUCGGCAUGCCUGCCCUCAACCAGCUUCUCACCAGCCCUCGAAGCUCGCCACUCCAGGUCAUUGAGCUGGGCACUGGUUGCGGAAUGGUAGGUAUCGGGUUGACUACGAUGAUAGAAAACUGCGAAGUUCUCUUGACAGAUAUGCCUGAAGCGGAGGAGAUUGUUCAGCGGAACCUAGACCAAUCCAAGCCCAAGGCCAACUCGGUCGCGAAAUUCCAGACUCUCGACUGGGCUGAGCCGCCAUCCGAACUGUGCGACAAGCCAUUGGACCUGAUCCUGGUCUCCGACUGUACUUAUAACUCGGAUAGCCAGCCAGCCCUGGUUUCCUGUCUGGAGCGACUGGUUCGGAGUUCCCCGGACGCCCUGAUUCUAGUGGCUCUGAAGCGUCGACACGAGAGCGAGGCUGUGUUUUUCGAAUUGAUGGCAACGGCCGGCUUUGUUUCCCAGCAGGCAAACGUGAAGCUACCUACCCAACAUGAUGAGUCGGACGAGAUUCAAAUGUACAGCUACCGGCGCCGGGCCGAGUAG